AUGGCAACCCCCAAACAGAAAGGUCGCAAGAAAGUCCACAUUCUUCCAAAGCUUUCGGCCAAGGCACGGGCGGCCGAUGGAGUGUACGCGUCCAUCAGUGCCAAAUUUAAAGGCCCAGGGCCUGGGAAAUACAGCCGGCAGCCUUGUACCGGCCUCAAGGACCACGAUUUCACAAAGUACGCCGAACCAGCCUUCACGAUGCGUGUCAAAUCUUCGGAGAAAAUGAUCUCUGUCAAUGAGAGCCCCGGUCCCUGUUACUAUGUGGAUCCCAGCAUUUCCCACCUAGGAAUAUGGAGGCCCUUCUCGUACCGCAUGGCGAAAGAGUCAAAGAGCACAAGUGCGAUACCCACACCAGCCCCGAAUCAGUACUACGUGGAGAAUAUGCGCCCUCUGGAAGAGCCCAACGCACCAGCAUACACCAUUGGUCUCCGCACGCGCUAUUGGGAGAACAGCCCUUAUCCUGCCCCUAACAGAUACACCCUUCCAGGGACACUGGGCCCCCGGUUAACGGUGAAACAAUCUGCCCCCUGCCUCUCCAUGGGCACCAGCGCUUCCGUGUGGGGUUCUGCCACGGACAGGGUGAAAGGGCCCGGCCCGGCGGCUCACACCUUGCCCCAUCCAGAUUUCUACCUCCACUGCCAACCAUCCUACAGCCUCUCCCAGCGAUUCCAGCCGUCCACCAAGGAGUACAUGCCAGGGCCCCCGGACUACAAUGCCGAGAGGGUCACCUUGCACAAGCCCAAAGCGCCGCGUUUCAGCCUCGGGAUCCGCCACUCCGAAUACUCACAUGGCACCCCGACCGUCUGCCUAAUCCAGGAUUGA